ACCAUUUGUUCUCUCCGACGUUCUCGCUCUCGCGGCAUUUCUCCGUUUCUUUCUGUCUUCUUAUGUUCAUUGUUUCAGUGAGAAAUUUCAUCGGAGGGCUUCUCCGACGUGUGUUUUAGAGUGCUGAUUCAGUUUUGGGGUUUCCUUUUCAUCGAGUGUUUUCUGGUGUUUGGUUGCUUGUGUUCUACUCUGUUCCGCUUAUCAAGACUAUUCUGGUUACCUGGCUGAUAGUUCAUGGAUCAGAGCUCAGAGGAAAACUCAGACAUAAGUGAGUCUGAGAUUGCUGAUUAUGGAGAUAAAUCUUAUGAAAAGCUUAAGAGUGGAAAUCCCAAGGUGAAAAUCUCAAAUGACACUUACAGGUGCCCUUUUUGCUUGGGCAAGAGAAAGAGAGACUAUCAUUACAAGGAACUCCUCCAACAUGCUUCUGGGGUGAGCAAAGGUUCAAGUACGAGGAGUGUCAAGCAGAAGGCAAACCAUCUGGCAUUGGCAAAAUUUAUGGAAAGAGAUAUAGCCCCUGAAGGGUCUCUGUCGCAGCAUGUGGCUGUAUCUGAACCUCCGAGUGGUCGCGACAAUGAUGUAUUUGUUUGGCCUUGGACGGGAAUUGUUGUUAAUCUUCCAACUGAGUACAAGGAGGGACGAUAUGUGGGGGAAAGUGGUUCCAAGCUGAGGGAGCAGUUCACACGGAGAGGAUUUAACCCUGUGAGGGUCCGUCCUUUAUGGAAUUAUCGGGGUCAUUCAGGGACUGCCGUAGUGGAGUUCAACAAAGAUUGGCCUGGAUUUAACAAUGCAAUGUCAUUUGAGAAGGCUUAUGAGGCAGAUCAUCAUGGCAAAAGAGAUUGGUAUGGAAGGAAACACAAAGGGUCUAGCAUAUUUGCAUGGGUUGCCCGUGAAGAUGACUAUAAAUCUGGAGGUAUUCUAGGGGAGGAACUCCAAAAAAUUGGAGAUUUGAAAACUAUUUCUGAUAUUGUGGCGGAAGAAGAUCGGAAGAAGAAAAAACUUGUUUCAAAUCUUACCAAUGUGAUUGAAAUCAAGAAUAAGCACUUGAAAGAAAUGGAGUGCAAAUUCACUGAGACUUCUCUGUCUCUCAGCCGUUUGAUGGACGAGAAAGAUGACCUACAUCAGGCAUAUAAUGAAAAGAUACAAAAAAUGCACCAGGAUGCACAGAACCAUAUCCAGAGAAUUUUUCUCGACCACCAAAAACUUAAGGGAAAUUUGGAAUCUCAGAUGCAAGAACUAGAGCGGCGUGGCAAAGAAUUGGAGAAGCGGGAGGCACAAAAUGAAACUGAAAGAAGAAAACUACAGGAAGAUAGGGAAAAGAACGCAAUGAGAAACAGUUCCCUUCAAAAGGCAACACUCGAACAGAAGAAGGCCGAUGAAAAUGUACUGAAGCUGGCAGAUGAUCAUCAGAGGCAAAAAGAAGAACUCCACAAGAGGAUAAUUCAAUUAGAAAAGCAACUGGAUGCCAAACAAGCACUAGAGUUGGAAAUAGAGCGGUUACAGGGGACGUUGGAAGUGAUGAAACACAUGGGGGGUGAUGAUGACGCAGAAGUCCAGAAAAAGAUGGAUUCAAUGAAGCAAGAGCUGGAGGAUAAGAUAGGAGAUUUGGAUGACCUUGAAUCACUCAACCAAGCUCUUAUAGUGAAGGAACGCAACAGUAAUGAUGAGCUGCAAGAUGCUCGUAAGGAAUUAGUUAAUGGGUUGAGAGACUUGUCCGUGUCAGGCCGUGCUCAAAUUGGAGUCAAGAGAAUGGGUGAUCUUGACAACAAGCCAUUUCUUGAUGCCUGCAAGCAGAAAUAUUCUGCCGAAGAAGCAGAGGAAAAAGCUGUAGGUCUGUGUUCAACGUGGGAUGAGCACCUCAGAAAUCCAGCAUGGCACCCCUUCAAGAUCAUCAUGGUUGAUGGGAAGGAACAGGAAAUAAUAGAUGAAGAGGAUGAAAAGCUGAAAAGCCUGAAGAAUGAUUUGGGCGACGAGGUUUGCAGGGCUGUUAUGACAGCCCUGAAGGAGAUGAAUGAGUACAAUCCAAGCGGAAGGUACAUCGUACCAGAGGUAUGGAACUUCAAAGAAGGAAGGAAAGCUACACUGAAAGAAGGAGUUGCAUAUAUACUGAAACGGUGGAAAACACACAAGCGCAAGAGGUGACCUAAGACUAAAUGAAAGGCUGCUUUUUGGGCUGGGCCUGCUUGAGCCUGAUCUGGCCCAGCCUAGUUUCAUCCGCUAGCAUGAGGUUUUAGUAUGCUUGGCUUGCUUAAGCUUCUUUUUGAGGCCUGAAGUGAUGUUGGGAUUAGUACAGCCUGCUGAAAUGUAUUUGGGCCUUGUGUGAAUAAUAUAUCUGGGCUACUCUGAAGUUACCCUAAUAUAUGUAGAUUGUAUGUAGCAUA